CACUAAUUAUAAAAUUUUAUGUAUUCAAAAGCAAAAUUUAUAGCAUAUACAGUAAUAAAGAGUUACCCCUGAUGUUGAAAAGCCCAGCUCCUAACUAAUUCCAUUCUGAAUCUUCUAAAGAAUGAAGACCCUUAGGCUUUAGGGCAGCGGUACACAGGGAGAUCUGUGACAUUUAUGCACUCAUACAGAGAUACAUAAACAAACAAAUAAACAAGAAGGUAUUUUCUGAAUUGGCGUAAUUAAAUACUGUAUGACAAAACCAUCUCUCUACUGCACUUUCUUUUUAUACAGGGCUUGGCAGUAUGUCAUUAGGAAAUUCAACAUUGGCGAAAGAAUUCAUACUUUGGGGAUUCCCUGAUGUUCCAAUCGUCCAGGAGUUUUUGUUUGUGCUACUUUUGUUUACUUAUAUGUUGACCCUUUUUACUAACACUCUGGUUAUAAUUGUUACUCUAACAGAAAGACAUCUGCAAACUCCAAUGUAUUUUUUUCUUCGGAACUUUUCUUUACUAGAAAUAUGUUAUGUAUCUGUGACUGUUCCAAAAAUUCUAGCUACCAUUUCUUCCCAGGGGAGGGUUAUUUCAGUUUCCAGCUGUAUCACCCAGCUAUUUUUUUUCUUUUUCCUUAGUUCCACCGAGUGUUUCCUGUUGGGUGUCAUGGCCUUUGAUCGCUAUUUGGCUGUGUGUCACCCAUUACGUUAUUCAGCUUUAAUGAACCAUACAACCUGCCAGAAAAUUACAAUAUGCUCAUGGUUUGGGGGGUUUAUUACAACAUUCCCUCCAGUUUUUUUAAUAUCUCAGCUUCAGUUUUGUAGAACCAACACAAUAAACCAUUUCUUUUGUGAUGCACCCCCUCUUUUACAAACUUCAUGCAGAGAUGCUUCUUUUAAUGAAUUCCUGGAUUUUAUUUGUGCUGGUCUAGUCAUAAUGACCUCUUUUACUGUAACCUUGAUGUCCUAUAUUUACAUUAUUAUCACAGUACUGAAAAUUCCUACUAAAAUUGGAAGAAGAAAAGUAUUUUCCACCUGUGGUUCCCAUCUAACUGUUGUCCUUGUGUACUAUGGUACUGUAACCUUCAUAUAUGUCAGACCAAAGGGUGGCUUCACUCUUAGCCUUAAUCGAUCAGUAGCAGUAUUUUACACUGUUUUAAUACCUAUUCUUAAUCCAAUCAUAUACUGCUUAAGGAAUAAGGAGGUAAAACUGGCAAUAAAGAAACUGGUAUCCUUGCAAUCUAUCCGACAAUAAUGAAAGGGUUUGUUUACCUUUAAAUAAACUUUUAGUAUGACAUAA